AUGGGCCAGUGCCUGCUCUUCCUCCAGUUGCACCUGCCCAAGAGGACGAGUGUGGACCUCUUGGAGUUCAUGGAAGGCGCUCGCAUCGCCACGGAGGCCAACCUCCGGGCCAUGAACAGCGCCGCACUGCAGCAGUACACGACGCCCGCGUACUACAACCAAAUGGCGCUGCGGGUCAAGAAGAACUACCUGCACCGCAACUUCUACGUCGAGUGCGAGGGGCUCGUAGUGGAGAAGCCGCAGCUCGCGCAGGUAGUGUACGGGCGUCUGACGGAGAAGCAGUACGAAGACUGGCACCUACGGCUCCACGUGGACGUUGCCACCGUGGAGGUCUUGGACGUGGUGAACCUUCAAGGCAAGACGAACUGCGUGCAGCACGAGAAUGUCUACCGAGUAGUGUUUGAGUCCCGCGUGACCGACCCGGAAGAAGUCGACUGGCGCAUUGAGGGCAUGCACAUCAUUGAGCAGAAGGCUGUGCAACGUCCUUAG